AUGGCAAAAUUUCAACCCCCGUUGCGCCUCCUUCUCAUUGGCAGUCCUGGAAGCGGAAAAGGAACCCAGUCGGAACGUAUACAGAAAAACUUCUCGGUUAGCCAUAUUUCUAGUGGUGAUAGUCUACGAAAGAAUGUUGCCCAGAAAAGUGAUAUCGGAUUACAAGCCGCAGCCGCUAUGGCCAAGGGAAAUCUUGUGUCAGAUGACCUUAUGACAUUAUUGAUUAAGAGCGAGCUAGAUCAAGUGAAUAACGCGAAUUGGCUGCUGGAUGGCUUCCCGCGAACAAUCGAACAAGCCCGUAUCCUUGAUAGCAUGUUGAUCAAGAAUAUGCAACCUCUGAAUUUGGUUAUUAACCUUGUGGUUCCCGAAGAAGUUAUUCUUGGUCGUAUCAUCGAUCGCUGGGUUCAUAUUCCUUCGGGACGCGUGUACAACUUGUCCUAUAACCCACCUAAAGUUGCUGGCCACGAUGACGUGACAGGCGAGCCUCUAUCGAAGCGACCAGAUGAUAACCCGGAUACUUUCAAAGUUCGUAUUCAGAAUUAUCACACUUUGACAGCGCCUUUACUCGAACACUACGAGAAGGUUAUGAUUACCUUGAAAGGCAACACCAGCGACGAAAUAUACCCUCAAAUUGAGCGCGAGCUAGUUAAUCGGUUUGGCAUGAUGCCACGCCGACUGGAAACUUCAUCUUCCUCUUCUACUAGCCCCAAGUCUGCUCGCCGAUUUCGUCAACCUCGUCCGGAAGUAGAUAAUGAUCAACACUGUGUGGCUGCAGAAGCCAGUCUGUGAGCAUGAACAAUUUGAAUGGUGGCGUGGCAGAGUCGGAUCAUGUGUAUAUAUUUCGUUGCAUCCGUCGCUGGACGACUAUACCGCCAACAUUAACUUUUUCUAUAAAUUGUAUUAAUUUAAAAAGAAAAAAAUAUAUAAAGUUAUGUAAACGAAGGC